GAACUCUGGGCACUGAAAUUAUGAGAAAAGGGCAGCUGCAGGGGCUGAGCUGCCUACAGGAGUACCAGAAAUACCAGGAUGAAAAAUGCAUGGACACAGGGCAGCUAUCAACGUCUGUGAGGUGAACUCUGCAUGUAUCCUACAGAUGGCUCCGCCUCCCUGGCCGUCACUCACCAACAGGCCGCUCCUCUCCUCUCCUCUCCCUCCGGAUCUCUGCGUCACUGCCAGCCGCCUCAGCUCAGCUCCUCACCACCGCCGCUGGAAGCUUGCGUCCCGGGUCCCGCCGGCGUGGAUUUUCCGCUCACUGCUGCCGAGGGAGAGCUCACAUCGCUACUGCUGCUGGGUGCCAAACACCGGAUGGCUCCGCCUCCCUGGCCGUCACUCACCAACAGGCCGCUCCUCUCCUCUCCCUCCGGAUCUCUGCGUCACUGCCAGCCGCCUCAGCUCAGCUCCUCACCACCGCCGCUGGAGGCUUGCGUCCUGGGUCCUGCCGGCGUGGAUUUUCCGCUCACUGCUGCCGAGGGAGAGCUCACAUCGCUACUGCUGAUGGGUGCCAAACACCGGGCUGAUAUGUAUCGGUCCUCACUGACGCUCUCCUGGAAGCGGGCUGACAUAAGGACUGGCGGCGAUGACAGCUGCGCAAGGAUGUCCUCCGCUGGAGGUCAUGAACCCCAUCAGAACUGAGAUGAGAUCUGGUUUAGCUACAAAGAGUCUUAAUGACUGCUGCCUCAUCGCUGGCACA